AUGAGUUUUUCUCCCGCCGUCCAACAUCCAGCCCAGGAAAGGGACGGGAGGUCCAAUGAGCCGAUCCCGGUUAUCGGCCUCCACAUCAAGGGGUUUAUGCCCCCAGUGUAUAUCACCGUGAACGGCCAAACCGCGCCUAACGUUUUCCCGUCGAGUGAGACGCUCACCUCGCGGAACGGGCCGUUCCCGGCCUCCUCAUCUAUUGUUCUCGGAGAUGUAGCUAUUCGGGGGGUUACUGUACCAAAACUCGUCGUUCUCGUGGUACGAGAGGCACACUUCCAGCACGGCACGGAACGAGUUUUGGGGAAUCUUGAACUGCUUCGACUCGACUUGCGUGGAGUUGUAGAUCUCGAACCACGGCCCGUCGUCACCGUUCUUAGGCGUGUAUUUAGAAAUGGGAAGGAUGAAGUCGGCGGGCGCGGCCGCGUGAUCUUUCGGCUGGAGGCCGGAUUCGGAAGGGUAAAAAUGGAAAGUAAUCGCGGCAUUGUACAUGCCCGUGUAAUUCGCGUCGACUACAUUACGCAGAUCGACUACGAGCCUGUUAGAACCGUACCUGGUGAUGUCUUUGUUAACGGUCCAAACAAUGCUGGUGGCUCGUGGCUCGGCCGUGCAGCUACGGAAGAUCUCGACACCGCCAAGCCACACGCCGAAGAUUCGGUCGAAUUGUCGGCCCUUGCAAGUCGCGGUCCACUCGAGCACGACUUGGGCGUAAUUUUGGGGUGGACAAUGGGAGGCGGGUGUAUAGGGCACGUUGACCAAGGGUUUGCCGUAGGUAAAGGCAAACUGGAGCAUGGUUUGGUUUUUGGGUGGGGGAUGGGCCUGGUGACUUCAAAGUACCUGGUCGGAGUAGUAGUUUUGGGAGCGGGUGGUGGGGUGGGCCCGGAAAUGGAUUGUGAUCUGAAGAAAGCGGCUGUUUUGUGCAGGUUUGCAGUAGAGAGCAGUGGGUGCAAGAGGAGGAAGAAGAGGAGAGGAAAUUUGGCAAGCCCCAUUUAUUUGACUCAAUAUCAUCAUCACCGUGGUGCUGUAUUUAUUCUAACGACUGAGGAGCGCGUGCUCUUGUUCUCGGACGCCUAG